GGAACAUCUAACAAACCAAAUGAGCUCAGAUAUAUCCACCGCAGAGUAAAGAAAGUUCGUAUUUUGCAUUCCCACCAAACACACUCACUGUUGACUCUUUAUCUCCGGCAAUUUCUAUUCCGCAGCCCCUCUCUCAUCACGUCGCAUUCGGCUGAAGACAGUCUUGCUCAGAUUUUCUAUUCUAUGCCUACAAACUUUUCUUUCUGUAGCUCUGAUAUACAUGUGUAGGUAAACAGUUAGUGUGUCUAAGAGAUGGGGUUGUUCAGGAAAUUUGCUGGAUUUCUAGGGUUUGUGAAGGAUGAAGCUGAAGAAGUCCAUGAAGAAAACGGAAACGCUGAUUCCAAUCUACCUUAUUCUCAGGCCGUGGAGGCCGCGGCGGCUCAAGCUCACCAUCUGCCUCGGAAAGGCUUCAGCAUUCCAAUUCAAGUCCAAGUCGAGAAGCCUCCUCUGCCUGGACCUAUCAUUUUCCCAUGCACUUUGGGUGAUGGAGGCGUUCAGGGCUUGAGAUGGUACGGGAAGGGUCUCAAGGUUGAUGAAGACGGAGACGUGGCUGAUGAGUUCAUCAGUGAGAUUCAUCCAGAGAAUCUGGGCAACGAACAGGGGCAGAAAAGGCAAUUCCCGAGGUUUGAAGUGAAAUUUGAGACAAGGCAAGCCAAGGUUAGGAACCAGGCACUACUUUCACCGGAUGGUAAAAUCCAACUGUGUGUUGAGCUUCACGGCAGGCUAAAGUGGAUCUGAAAUCCUUGUUAAGAUUUGAGAGCUGGUUGUGUUGAAUGUGCAGCUAUUUUCAUUGAUCACCACCAUAAUUUUAUUUUCUGGAAAACUGAUCCAAUCCAUAUACGAGAUGUUAGAAAUUUCUCUAUUAAGUUCGGGGGUUUAUUUUGUGCUUUUGAGUGCAUGAAUAUUUAAUAUUUUAGUAUUGAGAAAAUGACAAAAGUA